AUGAUCGCAAAGUCCAAGGAGGGAGAGGAUCACCUCGUCAAUCUGAGGCGUCUCUUCGAACGUCUCAAGAAGUACAAGCUUAGGCUCAACCCGGCCAAGUGCACAUUCGGCGCGAAAUCCGGAAAACUGCUAGGAUUUGUGGUCAGCGAACGAGGCAUCGAGGUCGAUCCUGACAAGGUGAAAGCGAUUAGGGAGUUACCUCCGCCAUCAACAGUGCGCGAGGUACGAAGCUUCUUAGGACGACUGAACUACAUCGCGCGUUUCAUCGCGAACUUAUCAGAUAAGUGUCAACCCCUCUUCCGGCUGCUUCGUAAAAAUGCAGCAAUUGAAUGGGACGACGAUUGUCAGAAGGCCUUUGACGAUAUUAAGACAUACUUAGUUCAGUCGCCGGUGUUGGUCCCGCCCACGCCAGGGCAAUGGAAGACGAAAGACGCAAAGUUAGUACCAUACCACGAGUAUCUCGAGGAGUUAGCGGAGAACUUCGAGAAAAUCUCGUUCACCUACACGCCACGUAUCAAGAAUCAGUUUACAGAUGCACUUGCGACACUGGCAUCAAUGGUGAGCAUCACAAAAGAAAACCUCAUCGAGCCACUUGAGAUCGAGAUUGCCAAAGGCCCGACUUACUGCGACACAAUCGAGGCGACCGAUGAACAGCCAUGCUUUAGCCUUUCAUACCCUCAGGAUUUCAGAAUAAUGGAUCCGAGGCUCUACAGGUGUGCGAGGAGGGGCAAUGUUCGGUCUUUGAAGAGGCUGCUUGAUGAGACGCCAAGCCUGAUCCUGGGACUUACCCCCCAAGAAAACUCGAUCAUCCACAUUGCCUCUCGAUUUGGACACGUGUCGGUUGUACAGGAGAUCUGCACAAGAUGCAAGUCCCUCCUGACAAAACCGAACAUAGACGGGGACACUCCCCUUCAUGUGGCUGCAAGGGCAGGCCAGCUUGGUGUCGUGAGUUCUCUUCUCAAACAGAUGAUUGAGGAGCCUGCUUUCGAUAUUGAAAGCGGAAGAAAUUGCAGGCUCAAGAUGGUCAUGUGGAAAAAUAAGAGGGAUAACACGGCUCUUCAUGUGGCAAUCGGGAAUGGCCAUCUUCAAGCGGCAGAGUUGCUGCUAGAGGUCAAUCCUCAGCUGGUGCACUAUGCUAAUCAUGACGGAGAGUCUCCUCUGUAUCUGGCGGCUAGAGGCGGAAUGGUAGAGAUUGUAAAUCGAAUUCUGAUGUUCCCGUCGGCACCCAGUGGCGGGUGCCACGGCCAAACGGCUCUCCAUGCUGCAGUGAUUGAGAGGAACCCUGGGAUUGUGCAAUCCCUCUUGAGAGUGAGACCCGAGCUCAUCAAUGCCAUGGACCACGAGGGCCGAAAUGCAGUCCAUUACGCAGCUUCCUCUGGAGAGCACAAGAUGGUAGAGAAAUUACUAGAAUUUGAUUUCUCGUCUGCAUAUGCAACGGACAGAAAUGGUCAUUCACCUCUCCAGGCUGCUGCUCUAUUGGGUCACACGAAGGUCAUCUCGGGGAUUCUUCGGCACUGUCCUGAUUCAGGAGAAUUCCUAGACCUCAAAGGACAAAAUGCUCUGCACCUUGCUGUCUUGGGGGGAAAAGCGAAAGUUGUUAGCCGCAUGCUCGAAAUGGAGGAGCUAGAAGGACUCAUAAAUCAACCUGAUAAGAACGGAAAUACGCCUUUGCAUCUUGCUGCCGUGGAAAGGAACACUUGGAUUAUGAGGUACUUGUUAUGGGAUGGAAGAGUCGAUCGGAAAGCUCGGAACAUGAGUGGACUAACUGCUCUCGACUUCGUUAAGCCAAUCCAACAUCCAAACAGGGUAAAAUCAUCCUCUUGUUGGUAGUUGUUCCAAAUAACCUCUUUUUUAUCAACAGUCUUGCUCAUAUGAACAUGUUUCUUAUUCAUCCCCAAAAAAAAAAAAAAAGAAAGAAAGAAAAACAAACAUGUUUCUUCUUCUUGCAGAUCUUGGCC